AUACAAAGUGAAAUUUUGCUGUAAUAAUUGAGUGUGUUUGUUCUGAAGAUUGUUAGUGUUGUUGACCCAAGUGUUUGUUUUGGUUUCUGGACAAUAUGGUUCGACGUUCUUCAGAUAUUUGGCAAUUAUUUGUUAUUGAAAAAACAGAUAAAAAAUCCAAGGCUGUGUGUAAGUUUUGCUGUUUUAAAUACGCCUUUCCAAACGCAACGCGCAUGACGAAUCAUAUAUUAAACCAAUGUUCAAAAUGUCCUUUGGAAAUUGCAAAAGAAACGGGAACGUAUAUAAGUAACGAACUUAUCAAAGUUAUCCAAGACAUAGAGCCACAAUUUUUUUUUAAUAGUGACUGACAAUGCGAGCAAUAUGAAAGCUGCUUGGCAUAUUAUAAAUAUAG